AUGAGUACCAUGAAAGCGCUCGUCUCCAACCGCAGCAUCGUCACACGACUCGUCAACGCCACCCGCAGCAAAGCCAUCGGUGGCCAGGGCGGUCGUGUCCAAGACGAUGUACCCAUUCCCUCCAUCUCCUCCAACGAAAUCCUCGUCAAAGUCAAAGCUGUAGCCCUCAACCCUACAGACUUCAAGCAUCUCGACAUUAUCUCUCCACCCAACUCUAUCAUCGGAUGCGAUUACGCAGGUGUCGUCCACCAAGUGGGUGAUGCAGCCAAAGACAAAUGGAAAAUCGGCGAUCGUGUUGCUGGCGCUGCAACUACAUAUGGUGUCUCUGCUGUGACAGCCAUGCUGGUCCUCAAUGUCCAUUACGGGCUUCCCUUCCUCGACACGAAGCCUAUGUCUCCCAAGGAUGAAGCCAUCUUCAUUUACGCUGGAUCAACCAGUGCAGGCCUAUACCAUAUCCAACUCGCAAAAGCAGCUGGAUACACGGUCGUCACAACUGCCUCACCCCGCUCAACCCAGCUAGUGAAGCAAUAUGGUGCCGAUGCAGUCUUUGACUACAACUCGCCCUCCGUCGCUGAAGACAUCAUCAAGGAUUAUCCCAAGAUCACAAAAGCGGUGGAUUGUUUCUCUGAGGGCAAGUCAACACCCAUCUGCGCUGCGGUGCUUAAUCCUAGCGGCGGUAAGGUGGUUACGCUAUUACCCAACGGCAAAUCUAGCACUCCUGGAGUGACUUACGACCUUGUCAUGUCGUAUACAGCUAUGGGGCAUGCUUUCCAGUGGCUACCACCAAUUGGACCCAAGUUUGAAGCCAGGCCACAGGAUCGAGCGGCCCUUGUUCGCUUUUAUGAAACUCUACCACGAGUUACACAUAUCUUGAAACCGAUCCCGACUAUUGAGCUGAAGGACGGCUUUGAUGGUAUACUUGAGGGGUUGGAUAAAUUGCGGGCGGGUCAGGUAGCGGGGGGCAAGCAGGUUGUCCGAUUCAAUGCAUGA